ACUCCGGCAGCUGACAGUUACUUCCGCUAGUGUCACGGAGUUGUGUUGUCAAAAUGGGACACGACAACCACCACCACCACUUAUCUCUGUGUUUUUGCGAUUUAAUGAGGCUGCUGUGGUCGCUGCUGGUGCCAUGCUUCUACCUGAGCCUGAUCCUGACCCUCGUCCUCCUUCUGCUCCUUUUGGGGGUCCGCAUGUGGCUGCAGGGGCGCCGCAAGGCCCGUCGGGCUCAGGAUGAUGGCCCGGCGGUGGCUUUCUUCCACCCCUACUGUAACGCGGGAGGAGGCGGGGAGCGGGUCCUCUGGUGCUCCCUGAGGGCCCUCAUGCACCGAUAUCCCGGCAUCUCCUUUGUGGUUUAUACGGGUGACCAGGGAGUGACGGGUGAGCAGAUUCUGGAGGGAGCCCGGCAGCGAUUCAACAUCACGCUGCCUCGAUCAGUCACCUUUGUCUUCCUGCGUCACCGUGUACUCGUGGAGGCCAGCUCUUACCCUCACUUCACCCUGCUGGGUCAGAGCGCAGGCUCAAUGUUCCUGGGGUGGGAGGCACUGACGGCCUUCGUUCCUGACCUGUAUGUGGACUCGAUGGGCUACGCCUUCACCUUGCCGAUCUUCCGCUACCUGGGAGGCUGUAAAGUGGCAAGCUACGUUCACUAUCCCACUGUCAGCACCGACAUGCUGUCUGUGGUCAGAGAAAGGAACCCAGGAUUCAACAAUGCUGAUUUCAUCUCAAGAAACCCAAUCCUGAGUGCAUUGAAGGUGGUGUACUACUGCUGCUUUGCUCUGCUGUACGGCCUGGCCGGCUCCUGCAGUGACGUCAUUAUGGUGAACUCCACCUGGACGCUGGGACACAUCCUCGCUCUGUGGCGCUCUCCGAGCCGCACCAGCAUCGUCUACCCUCCCUGUGACAUCAGGGCCUUCCUAGAUGUCCCGCUGGAGGACGAGGACGAGAUGGAGGGCUGGGAGGAGCUUGGAAGAGAAGAAGAGGACGGCGGCAGAGGGGACAGGAAGCGCCACUCCAUUGUGUCGGUGGGUCAGUUCAGGCCAGAGAAGGAUCACCAGCUCCAGAUCAGAGCAUUUCGCAAACUGCUAGACAGGAAAGGGGACGGCCCAGGGGGGAGAGAGUCUCUACGGCUGGUGCUGAUUGGCGGAUGCAGGAACCAGGAGGAUGAGGAGAGGGUGUUGAUGCUGCGGGGACUCUGUCAGGAGCUGGGCAUCGCCGACUAUGUCGAAUUCAAACUUAAUAUCCCCUUUGAGGAGCUGAAGAGAGAGCUGGUGGACGCCACCAUUGGUCUGCACACAAUGUGGAAUGAACACUUCGGCAUCGGUGUGGUGGAGUGUAUGGCCGCAGGCACCAUCAUUCUUGCCCACAAGUCUGGAGGUCCAAAGCUGGACAUCGUGGUGCCGUACGAAGGCAGGCAGACGGGCUUCCUGGCUGACAGUGAGGACAGCUAUGCGGCUGCCAUGGAAACCAUCCUGUCGUUGUCACCAACCGCUCGACUGGAAAUGCGCCGUAACGCCAGGGACUCUGUGGAACGAUUUUCCGACCGGGAGUUUGAGUCUUGUUUCCUGGCUGCCAUGGAGCCUCUGAUGGGUACUCUAGAGCGAUGAGUUAAAACAGAUGAGGUGCCGAGUCCACCAGGGACCAGAACGUUGUUGGUCUUUUAAAUAGUGCUACACACAUAUAUAGGAUUGAACAGUGAGGGUCAUGUGUAUGUUUAAAAUCGCUUAAGCUUGAAGGUUUAAGUGUGAUGGGGUGGAUCAUUUUCAGCAUAAUAAUCUCACAAAGCAAAUCAACAUCAUCAAGACACAUUCGGGGUGGACACCCAGAGAAAUAAUUGGGAUGAAUAAACAAAACCAACAAAGAGUG